AUGUUCAAACACCUCGCUGGCUCAAUUGUGGUCUUGCUCCUUCUCUGCAUAGUUGUAUGCAACUCUCUACAACUUCCAUUACCAACAGCAACUGAGAGUCUUGGUUUUCCUGCUCCAAUUUCUCAACUCGAUGCCAAGAAUAGAGUUUUGAAAGCAAUUAGUGAAAAGUAUUCAAAUCAAUUAAAAACAAUGAUUGGUACAUUGAAUAAGAUGAUUGAAGAUCAAAGUGCUUUGGGAGAUGGUUUUAUCGUGGCUAGUUUUAAAGGAAAUGUUAUGCACCAAGUUGACUGUCAAAAGUAUGGAAGUGCUGUAUACCAAGUAUUGAAAGCACAUUACAACAGACAUGGCUAUCAAACCAUGUAUAGUUGUAAAGUAUCAGGUGAUGUUGAAGGUUAUUGCAUGAUAAACAUUCGUAUUAAUUUUGUGGAACAAUAA